UUAGCAUUUAUUAUUCCCGGUUUGGGUGUGAUGUAUGAAUGAAGUCUUGUGUUGGUAAACGAGCCCACGACACAGAAGAAAAUGUUAAUGUUUCCUUUGAAAUAAAUAAAGAAAUAAGAAAGAAUUGUCCUCAUCCUUUUGCUUUCUAGAUAGCCAUUACCUACUAAGAAAUAUCUAACGAUUCUGAAUGUGUUAUUUUAGCUUUGUAUUUCCAAAGCAUGGCAUGUCAUAUUUGCAUUGCAUGGCAACGCUACGUUAAGGAAUAAGUUAGUUUUUCUGGAAUGCAUCUAGUUUAAACAACAACAAAAACAGAUGGCUCGUACACAUACCUUAACACUGGUGAAAACGGACUCAGCUAAACUAUGUUUUUUAUAUGGAAAGAUGCGUGCUAUGGAUGCGUGCUAUGGAUGUGUGCUAUGGAUGUGUGCUAUGGAUGUGUGCUAUGGAUGAGUGCUAUGGACGCGUGCUAUAAAUAUGUCCUGUAGAUGGUUUCCCUACUAUCAAUACGUCGCAUACUUGAGCUGCGCAUCUUCCUUGCAUAGCUAGUACAUAGUUUACUAUCAGUGGAAACCGUCACAUAGUUUCAUAUUCACAGCUAUUAUAUCUUCGUAGCCUAGCUACUCGGCUCUUCUUUACGCCUAAUUGUACUAAUUUGAAUACUUUUUGUGUUGGAUAGUCAUUUAUCGAGGAAAGCUAUGAUAUAUAAAAUAGACGCUACGAUCAAUAGGAGCCGAGCAGAGAGGGUGAAACUGCACGGAAAUAGUUAGUAUUUAAUAAAAAUCAUCGAAGUAUCAGAACGGUGAAGGUAGAUCUUGCACGUCUCUUCUACAAUAUAUCAUUGUCAAUAUUACGCUAACGCGACAGAAUUUUGGAAUCUGUUUGGCUCAAUUUAUUACAUAAAGGUAUAAUAAUACAUUUUAUUGCUAGUGUGAAUUUGUUAUGGGCAUGGAUGUUAGAGUCGUCUGUAUUACCAAUAUAGUAAUCAUUUGACUAUCGAUGACCCAUAUACAAGUAUAUAAGUGACAUAUACUUGGAUAUCAACUCACAGUAUAUUAAAACUUUGUAGUAGGUUUACUCCACUACGAGGAUGCGUUUGUUCGGUAUUGUAUUGGCACUCGUUGUAGUCGCAAUAGUAAAUGCGGCACCGGCGGAUAAAGAUAAAGUUACAAAUAAAAAUAAAGAUAAAGUAAAAAAUAAAGUAAAAGAUUUAGUUAAUGAUAAACUAGAUGACGAUGUAGAUAACGAUGACGUGAAAGCGGCACGCGCGGAUAAAAAUAAAGUUAAAGACAAAGUCAAAGAUGAAAACAGUGAUGAAGUUAAUAAUAAACCAUAUUACGAUGUAAAUAAAGCUCAAGAAUUGUUUAAGAAGUACAUUAAAGACUUCAAUAAGCAAUAUAAGAAUGAAGCUGACAAAAAUGCGCAUUACCUAGCAUUUGUUGAAACCUUAAAAGAAAUUAACAGAAAUAAUGCAGUGAGCGACAGUGCCGUAUUCGAUCUUAAUUAUAUGGCUGACUAUACCAAAGAAGAUUUAAUAAAGACGCGUGGACUAUUAAGUGAGCAUUUUUGGAAAAUAACUAUCGUAUCGUGGGGCAUACUAAAUUAAUUUUAUUGAAAAUAACGGUUUGUUCAUUUAUUCGUGAAAUUACUGAGAAAAUAUCUACUAGUUUUACGUCAUAAUGGGAUUCUGACUGUCCGGGAUCGUGGUAUCACUUCGGCGAAAAAAAAAAAUA